AUGAGGGUAGCACUAGGGAUAGCUCUCUUUUUUCUGUUGGCUUCUACCAACGCCAGACUUGAAGUCCAUUCAGGUCAGCUGUACCGGUACGUGUACCGAGGUCGUCUUUUGUCUGGCAUCCCAACACUAUCACCUCAGUUCUCUGGUCUCGAGAUCCUAAGUGACCUUCUAGUCCAACCGUACCCAUCCACGCUGAGUUCUGGACAGAAGGAUUAUCUAGUAAAGCUUGACAAUAUUCAAGUUGCGAAGCUACUGCAUAAGGUAAUUCCGGAUCCCUAUUUUGCUGAUAUCCCGAAAGAUUUCUCUCAUUCAUCGGAUUACGAGAAAGUUUUGGGCAAACCUAUCCGGGUCACCUUGCAGGAUGGUUUGGUCACAAGUUUUGAAGCAGACAGCACUGAACCAACUUGGUCUUUGAACAUCAAGAAAGGAAUUCUAAGCUUGUUGCAGGUUAAUUAUGGUAAAAUAACCACCCAAGAACUGAGUUACGACAACUACAGGUCAAGAGUUCACGUUCGUCCUGAAGUUUUCAGUGUUUAUGAGGACGGAAUCGGGGGCGUCUGUGAAACUCUCUACACAGUUGACUCCGUUUACAGUCCUGACGUUCCCGUGUAUGAUAAUGUACUCAACAUCACCAAGCUGAAGAACUACAAGAACUGUGUUAAACGACCUUUGUUCGGACAUGAUAACCAUGCCAUCCGAGGCUGCCCAUGGCUCUGUUCACACGAGAAAUUAUCAGAAACCGAACCUGAAGGUGUGGAGAAGAAGAGGUCAUGUCGCUGUUCAACUGGAUAUGAAAUCAAUGAUGACAUUGUGAAGUCCUUUGUGUCUACAAAGUACAACAUCAGGGGCACAGUGAGCAAGCCAACAUUAGAAAGUGUUCUAAGUGACGGCAAGUCGGUUAUCAGUAUUGAUGGAAGUGACGUAGUAGUGUUAGCUCACCAAAAUCUCACCCUGCAUUCGGUGGAGCCAGUUCGAGAGAUUUCCACAGAACAGUACCGACCAAUUAAACACACCAGCUUGACCUACGUGCUGCCGGAAUCCCGAGAAGGCGUCCCACAGUCCAAUAUCUACAAGCCAACUUUAUCGAAUCGUCCCACAGAAUCUGCUCGCUAUCCCCGUGACUAUCUCCGUCACAGACAGCUCACCUAUCGCAUACCAAGCAUCUUCCAGCAUUCUGACUUCCAAAAUCAGGAGUUCGUGAAAUCUGAGGAUUUUCGGCCAAAACAAUUUAUCGAAGAACCUUAUUCUCGACAAUAUCAUUCCUCGGAAGACACCUUGGACAUCCCUUACUUGUCUGUUGCAGGGCCUAUCGAUCGCCGGGAGAUGCGAGACACCGCUCGGGACAUUCUGGAAAGUCUGACCGUUGACGUUUUACGUGGAGACCUUUCAGUAUCAGAUGUUAUUUCAUUCAAAGUCCUGAAUCUGGUUAAUGCUCUGUCUGUCCUUAAGGUUGAUGACUUCCGAGCUCUGUUCCGGGAAGUGCUUGCGGUUGAGCGGAAGUACGGACUCACAGAAAGGGAACAAGUUAAGAGGAAGUUGUUGCUUGAUUCUCUUCCCCUCUCCGGAACCAAUGAUGCUGUUCUAGUGAUCAGACAUAUUAUCGAGAAAGGCCUCGUCACUGACUUCGAAGCGCGGGAGCUUGUAGAAGGUCUGCCAAGAAACAUCGUAUAUCCAAAUGAACGAACCAUCCAGGCCUUAUAUGAACUGACCCAGAUUCAAAAAGUCCAGUCAAAUCGAUUUCUUUUGAGCUCAACAUUCUUAGCCUUUGCCAGACUUGUUCGUGACGCAUGCGUCGUUAGUAACUUACAGCAUGACAAGUUAGAACCAAGAAGAGGUCUUCCACAAGAAGAAUAUGACCCUAAAGCUCCCCUGUGUAGACUAGACAUUGUUAAAGACUAUAUAAAGAAAAUCAGUUUACUCCUUGAAUCUUCUCAAGAUUUCCACGAGAAAGUAAUCUACAUCGAGACACUGGCUAAUAUCGGCCACCCCUUGACUUUGGAAUACCUCAAACCUUACUUCAUUGGACAGUCUCCUAGUUGUCUGAGGCUUAGAAAUGAGAGAGAUCCAGUGGCAACCUGUAACUACCUUCGUCAAGUCACUAUCUACACCUUGCACCAUCUUGUUAUCCGAGAUCCAGAGGUGGUGUUGCCGCUAGUUACUCCAAUCUUCUUCAACACGGCUGAGCCUUAUGAAGUCCGAAUCGCUGCCUUCACUGUGAUGCUCUUUACCAAUCCUCCUCUGCCUCUUCUCGAUCAGAUCGUCACACGCCUGUGGUUAGAAGAGAACAAACAGGUGGCCCACGUGGUGUACACCUCUCUCAAGAGUCUGAGCAACACCACCAUACCUUGUUUCCAGUACCUAGCUCAGAAGAUUCGUCGGGUAAUUGGCGGAAUUAAACCUUUUGAUUUGGGGCUCAGUUAUUCAUUUCUGAAAAUGUCUGAAUUCAAUGACAUUCCCAGAGACUACAGCUUCAACAUGCUCUACCAGUUGACUCACAGUAACGUUUCCACAAUCCCCAGAGUAGGUUUCUUCAACAUAAUGCAAAACACUGGCCCUGUUUGGGAUUUCCCAGUCCAGCUGUCAAUCGUAACUCAAGGCUUGGAACAGGUCUUCGACAGGCUGGUAACCCGUAGCGAGAUCCUCUCCGAACUCUCUACCAUUCUGUUUGGUCCUACGAAAUUAGGAGUGGAGAGGCUGCACGAGCAUUACGAAACACUGAGGAAGAAGUUAAACGUGGUUCUACGAGAACCGGAGGAAUUAAAGAUUAAAGUCCUUUUCCAACUCUUUGAGAGGACUUCCUUAUACACCUUUGACAAGGAGCACGUGACAGAGAUACUGCAGAGUGCCAUCCAGUUCUACAAAGAACUAGAGCAACAGAUACACUCAGGAGUUCCUGGACAUUACAUCAAGGUAGUCAUGCCUGCCUCCUCCUUUAAUAUUCUACCUUCAGAGAUUGGUUUCCCUGUCUUCUUAAUCAACCAAAAGCCAAUCAUAUUUUCUGUUCGUGUGCGCGACAUUCGUGUUCAAACCACAACAAGUGGCUUUCGCCCUAGGACAGUUGGUGUGGAGGUCCAACCCACGGUCCAUUAUUCUUCUAACGUUUUUGGAGGGUUUAUCGAACCUCUAACACAAACCAGUUACGGAAGUAGCCUAGUCAAAAGAUACCACGUGACGCUUCCUCUGAACAUCAGUCUACAACUAGAUGUCCGCAGCAAUACUUUACGACUAAACAUCCAGCCUAGACUCACGAACAUCUUCUACCAUAAGUCAGACGCUUUUACCUUUGUUCGGAAGGCUGUCUUGGCUCUGCCACCAGAGGAACACUACCUCGGAGAUGUCGUACCAAUUAGAACUUUACCGACCCCUCUUAAGUACGAUGAGAGAUACGGCCAAGACAUCUUUGGACUAGGGAUCCGUGUACAGGGGGAGGCGGAAACCAUUUGGUCUGACCUUCCAUUCUAUCUCAGUCCCACAAGCCAAGAGAAGGGUUACUUAGCUGGCUUGGUGGAAACCUUCAACAAUCCUGGCAACAGAUACCGUGAAUUCGUCGUCUCGAUUGAGUCAGACCACCAGACUCCAAUCUAUGAGUAUGCCAUCACCCUUCAGUACAAACGAACCGAAGAGAAAUUAAAGGUCCAAAAGGAAGACCCAAUUUACUCUCAGGUCCGAAAGGAGGAUCCAUUUUACCGUCAGGUCCAGAAGGAAGAUCCAAUUUACUCUCAGGUCCAAAAGAAAGACCCAUUUUACGGCCAGACCUGGAGAGAGGACCUGGUGUACCAGCAAAAAAGGAGGGCGGACCCGCUUUACCCUCAGAUCUGGAGGAAGAAGCCACUAUAUCUCCAGACGAGAAAGGAGGACUCUCUUUACCACCAACCCCGGAGAGAGGACCCACUUUACCGUGAGACACGGAAGGAGGACCCAUUUGACCAUGAGACUCGGAAGGAACAGAGCUAUGGUCUUCUAGAGAAGACUUAUUCCUUCUUCAAAGCACCAUUCAGUUUUUUCCAGAAAAAUAAUGACUUUGAUAAGUCUGAAGUGGUCACUCCAGAGUACAGCAGCUUGAAUGUCAAUGAAGAUAUUGUAUCCCACUCCCUGAGGUUGGUUUUAGAAGCCAGGGGACGUGUCCCUCUAACCAAUGUACUCAACGUUUUUUACACCCGCACUCUGGACUCCAGAACUAACUGGAUCAAAAUUCACCUCCAGAAAACUCUUCGCGAAUCCCACAAGUCUUAUCCAGUCGAGGUAUGUCUCAACUCUGUGAUUCAAUUCCCUCCGAAACCAUACGUGUUUUCUUUGGACAGGACUGCAACUAAGGAUCAGAGAGUUUUCGUCGAUGCCGACUUGAGGUGGGGCCCUCAUUGUCUGACCGCAGGAAAUAAAAAUAUUGUUAUAAAAGCCGUUUUGGAGAAAAGCGAGGAGCAAGUGAACGUGAUUCGGCCGCGAAUGGCCGUAAGAUUGGACACUACACAUUUCAGUGGACAGUGGUCACUACCGUGGUACUACAGGCAAUGCCAGGUUGAUAAGCAGAUUGGCAAGUCACAGAGUUAUGCCUGCAAACAUGCCUUAUUAGACGACAGCUAUCUUGAUAAGUUCACUGUGGAGGUCAGCUAUGAACACGUUCCGCCAUACCUGCUCAACGUAACCCGACACGUGGACUUGGCUCUCAAGACGUAUCUGUAUCCUCAUCUCCAAAACAACCCUGUGGGAGUUCGUAAUCCCGACAAUAAGAUCCGUAUUGUUGGCCAGUUUGUCAAGGAACUUCCUGGGGUGCCGCUGCUUAACUUAGUUAUUGAGAAACCCACAGAAAACACCGUCUUCAGGAAAAUAUAUGUGCCUUAUUUGAAACCCGUUUCAACACUGGAGCCUGUGGUGAAGAGCUACGUAGGCCUAAAAAGCUCUGAAAUGGAGCCUGUGUGUUCCUUGAUGGAGAAGUACAUCAAAACCCUAGACAACGUGACGUUCCCUCUGCCGGAGACCACCUGUCAGUACGUCCUCUCGAAAGACUGCUCCCAUGAAGAGAGGUACACUGUUGUUUUGAAACCAACCAGGCGUGCCAGGUCUUUACUAGUGUUCAUCCUUGGUCGACAAAUAAACCUGCUUCCUUCACUAAAACAACAUUCUCCCAUUGAGCUUGUGAUUGACGGUCAAACACGAUCUUUGACCCUUGGUCAGCCGGUCAAGACAGGAUCUGAAGAAUCCCCUGUGUACAUCUACUUGGAAGAAACUGUAUCUCGUCCCAUUGUGGUUCUCCAAGCGGAACAAGAAGGCCUGGUCAUCGAAUAUGACGGUGUUAAUGCAAGAGUUAAGCGUACCCCCAGUCACGAAGGGAAUGAUAGAGUUCAAACUGUCCCCUUUUACGAGCGUACCCCCAGUCACAAAGGGAAUGAUAGAGUUCAAACUGUUCCCUUUUACGAGCGUACCCCCAGUCACGAAGGGAAUGAUAGAGUUCAAACUGUUCCCUUUUACGAGCGUACCCCCAGUCACGAAGGGAAUGAUAGAGUUCAAACUCUUCCCUUUUACGAGGGUACCCCCAGUCACGAAGGGAAUGAUAGAGUUCAAACUGUUCCCUUUUACGAGCGUACCCCCAGUCACGAAGGGAAUGAUAGAGUUCAUGCUAAUAAACCCAAAUGUAUGAAAGACAAAGUGUGGAUCAGGUACCGAGAAAACAACAUCUGUGUUAGCACUGAACCCGUACCUGUCUGUAGGGAGGACUGCAUCGGUAGCUUAGAGACCCAGGAGCUCACCCGUCACUUCCUCUGUCUGCCCCACGACAGUCCUUCAGUGGGAGAGGUGCUAGAAAAAGUUAGGUCUGGAAGGGUUAACGAAUUAGUUCCAAACCAUGUGGACAAGAUAGAGGUAGCCAAAACGUGCCAUUUGUUGUAUCCAUGA